AUGUCGGCCAACUCUGGAAGCGGCGGAGUCAGAAACCUUCGGGCUAUGUUCGAGAACAAGGCCAGCGACCAAUCCACGUCUCCCCCAAGUCGAGGUCGAUCUCCGAACCCCUCCGAACUCUCCAACAACAGUAGACCUGUCAGCAAAGUGCGCUCGAGCUUUGUUGCAGUCGAGCGACCAGGGGAAAACGGAAGUGCGCCGAUUGUCGGUCUUAUGCGGAGGCCCAGUCAAUUGAGCAGUCACAGUGAGAAUAAAGAGAAUCAUACGAUGGACAGCAGCCAGCCUGAGAAGCCGCCGAGCAUGACACAAGUUCCAGAAAAGACAGACGCUGCAGCGGAGACAGAAAAAUCACCACCAGAUGCUGCUCCUGUUGAAGGUGGACUUGGUAAUAUCUUGAAGGGAUCCGCUUUUGUCGAAAGCACACCGAGGAAAGAUACUUCAGAUGCGCGGAACUUAGGUGUUGCUCUGUCUUCUGGUGCAUUGCACGACAAACCUACCCCGGCGCCAUCCAAUUCAAAAGACGAUACAAAGGCUGCGGAGAUGGUUCAGAAGAUAGAUGCUAGCAAGGAGAGCAAGCCAGGGCCUCCGCCCACCACGGUGCUGCAGACGACAAAAACUGCUCAGCCUAUAAAGCCUCCUCCCACAAGACAGGCCAUCACAAAGCAAGCACCGAAGUCUCCUGUUGCCUCGAAACCUUCGCCCAAGAACCCCACCUCUCCAAUGGCGCAUAUCAGAGGAGGCCCGGCGAAGAUCAGAGGAGUCAUGGACUCGGCAAAAGAGGCACAGAAGGGCAGAGAUGCCGUCAAACACGAGGGUCCCAAGUCUGCCGAAAAGGCGUCAUCAGCCGCAGCAAAGUCAGAUAGCCGACCAAAACCCAAGCCAGCACCGGUGAAUACCCAGAAACAACCCGGUCCAGCAUCACCCAAGACUGCGAGAACUUCUGUCGGCGUGAAACCUAGAUCACCUAAUAUAUCUAACAAGCUUCCCGCGGCUGCUACCGCACUUACAGCAGCAUCUGCUGCUAGGACUGAGGCACACCGUUCACCUACAGACCCUCACCCGCGUCAAUCCAUUGCCAAAAAGCCUUCUGCUACGUCAGUACGACCACCUCGAGCCAGCACGUCGUCGACUACAACUACUCUGGCCAAGAAAACGUCGCGUGCUUCGUUGACCAACGGACAUGAUAGACCUAAAUCACGCGUGAGCACAAGCAAGCCAGAUGAAGGGUUCUUGGCAAGGAUGAUGAGGCCCACGGCAAGCAGCGCUCAAAAGGUCCAUGAAAAGGUUCAGAUUAACAGUCCACCGAGGCCAAAGGUUGCCCCGUCGCACAAGUCCAAAGAAGCUGUCAAACACAAAGCACCGCCGAAGAUGCACCUACAGCCGUCCUGUCACCACGAACAGGAGAAUAAGGAGAACGAGGGUGCAAAUGACCAGGAUUCAUUGCCAGAAGUAGCAGCCAUGUCCCCGCUCACAAUGGCCAAGGAGGAGGCGACGCACAUUGAUACCGAAAAGGGACAUCCUCAAGUCGAGAAGGAACAUUCUCAGGCCGAAAAGGAGCAUCCUCAGGAAAUACCAACCGAGUCGACAGUGGAACAGAAUGGAGAGCCAGUGGCAGUUUAG